GGUUGAGUGGUACCGCGAUUUUUAUAAUAACUAGCUGAAUAAUCCUGCACUCCUCGUUGCUACUGGUAAAUAUACAGACCCCAUACAAGGCGACAAUACGGCUCUGGCAUGGUUAGCCUAUAGCACGACCAUGCACUUAUGCGGCAGCUUGGCUUUGGUUGACACCCUAGUCAUAUUUUGAGUGCAGAAGCUGAAGAAGUCAUGUGCUGAACGCGAAAAAAGAAUCACUUUCACCGUUCCAGAAGAUGGCCAAGCAAGAACCCUCCCCUUACGGUCGUCUUCGAAGAGACAUGGGUCUCUUCAGCGCCAUAGCCGUGGUCGUUGGAAACUGCGUCGGUGCUGGAAUCUUCAUUACACCGAACAUCGUUUAUCGAGGUGCGGGAUCUGUCGGCGCCGAUAUUCUUGUGUGGCUGGCGGCAGGAUUCGGCUCCCUCGUACACGGACUCUGCAUCGCUGAACUCGGCACGAUGCUACCAUCUGCUGGUGGCCCAUACGAGUACUUAAAGGUUGCUGUCGAGUCCCUGGGAAGAACGGGAGAUGUCAUUUGUUUCUUGUACUCCUGGUGCUUCCUCAUGGCUGAUCCCAUGGGGGCGACUCUUCACGCUCUGACGUUCACCAGUUACUUUCUCGAACUUGUGUACGGCACCUGUGUGCCUCCGUCAUCCGCCACUGCGCUGGUGACUAUUUUGGUGAUUGAACUGUCCGCGGCUGUCAACAUUUUUUCGCUGCGGGCAUCGAUGAAAUUGCAGGACUAUUUAUUUAUUGUGAGACUUGGCGUUCUACUGGCAAUAAUUGCAACUGGCUUCAUCUGGGCCUUCCGAGUGCCGCUCGCCUUCGACAAGUUCUCAUUCAACGGACGAACCACGCCAAGAGGAGCGGUGGAGGCCUUUGCUGUGGCAAUGUUCACCGGUGCUGGAAGCACUCCGAUCGCCUGCAUGGCCGAAGAGAUGUCGGACCCUUGCCGAACUAUCCCAAGGGCCCUAUUGGGUGGUCUCUCCCUUAUAACCGCGCUGCACGUCUUGACAAACAUGGCGUACUUCAUUGUCUUGGAUCCCGGACGCCUGACUGAAACUGAGGCGACAGCAGCAGCAUUCGCACGAGCCACGUGGGGCACCACCGGUCACAUCCUGGUGCCCCUCAUUGUCUGCGUCUGCACCUUCGGGACAAUGAGCUCCAGCUGCUUCACCAACACACGCCUUUGCAUGGCUGCCGCUCGCAACAAGCAUCUACCCGAAAUCUUCGCUCUGAUCUCGGUGAAGACUUCACUUCCUGUGAUCUCCAUAGGCUGCAGAACGUGCGUGGCGUUGGUAUUUAUAGCUACCGGCUCAAUGGCAUUCCUCGCCAAAGGCUUCAUGGCAGUCGUUUCUGUGAUGAACUUGAUGACGAUCCUAGCCAUGUUCCAGCUACGCCGGACACUCAUUGGCAAGUCGAGGGCGAUAAAAGUGCCAACGUUUCUCAUAUUUGCGAACCUCGCCAUCUUGUUGACCCUCGUCGUUGCACCGUUUUUGAGCAGGAGUAUGGUCACAAGUUAUCUCGCCACUGGUGGAACAAUGCUGAUGGGCAUCCCGGCGUACUUCUUUUUCAGUGCAUUGGGUAGAUCACGAGUGGGGACGGCUGCAUUUCACUUCGUCCAAAAACUUUUUCACUGUGUACUGUGCGCUCCGUUCAAGCGAUAGUUGCUGGCAUCAGUGAACCAAAAUACAACCCACUGGCUGCUUUCGUCGCGUAGCCCAAGUAAGUCCAAAACUAAGCGGAGCAGAGUUUGUGCAGUGAUAUGCAUCAGACUCCAUGAUCUCUGCCCUUUUUCAAGGAGGACCAUCCUCUACACUAUGUCGUUGACCAAGCGCUAGCGAAUGUGGUUCGGAGGUAGACAUCUUGUGUGAUAUACAUGAAUACAAUUCCGCUAACAUCGGCUGCUUCCAUCA